AUGCCUCUGAGAUCGCAACGCCAACCCCCUCUUCCGCCCUUCCCUCAGAUGCCAUCCCAAAGUCCUCUCGAGCUCUCUGACUAUCCCGCAGUUAUACGACGUCUCAAACAACACAUAAAUGCCUCGACCUCCGCUUUUCGCGAAGUAACGGAGCAGAUAUUCGACUACUUCAACACAUCACCAGAGGUCGAGUCACGAUGGGCUCAUCAUGUCGCUAUGUAUGAGGAUAUUAUAGACGACUCCCAAACUACAGCCACCAGGAUAUCUGCUACCGUCAGGAUGUAUACCGGCCUACAAGUCGCAUUCACGGAAGCGAGCCCGGCAGACGUUAUUCACGAGCUGUCAACCCUGAGAAAGGCGCUUCUGAGCUUCGACGAUAGUUUAGCACCUCGGCUUGAUGCUCUCACAGACGCCAUCCGGCAGUUUCUGUCUGAGCCAGAGAUCAUGCGUGGCUCGCGGCGGGUGACUGGAGGUCCUCCAGCGAAUAUAUCCCGCACUGGCUGGAUGGGGGUCACCUCUUCGGCGCUCCAGGCAGUCGGAUACCAUUUUCUUUGGACACUGCUACUCCAGAUUGGCGGCUUGCUGGCACCUGAGACCGCUACCACGACCGCCAGGCGUUGUGUGAAUGGUAGCGGGUUUAUGCCCGCCUGCAAUAACGAGGCCGCGUCUGCGCAGGACGCUGUAGCGAAUAUAUGGCACAUUUUGCGCGAGGUAGAGGCGCAAAAGCAGAUGUUUGACGUCUUCCAGCUGAUUUCCUGCGAGCUCAUGUCCGAGUUCGACCGGUACUCGGCGGCGCUCGAGGCUGCGAGGGAUAAGCCUAUGACCCCGGAAGCUGCGGAUAUCAUUCAGGGAGCACACGCUGGUGCCACAUUGCAGGCGGGGCAAUGGAAGAAUCUGGCCCGGGUCCUUGUGGAUGAGUAUGCCAGGGCUUAG